CACUACCAGCACGUAGCCAAAGCAGUCUCGCCCGGCUCACGUGCGAUUGGCCGCUGCGCGAAAUCAAAUAUCUCAUUUGGCGCUCGGUUCGAAAACUGGCGGUUGAGGCUUUGCAUGGUCGGUUAGUCCCGAUGCUGGAAGUUUUUUUGCAAUUUUUGCCGAGUUAGGACGCAUCCCUGUGGCAAUAUUUCUAAACCCAAGACGCCGCCACACAAUGGAGAACUACGUCAAGGUGGAAAAGAUCGGUGAAGGUACAUAUGGGAUUGUGUACAAGGGAAAGGACAAGCGUGAUGGGAAGAUCGUGGCACUGAAGAAGAUUCGCCUUGAGAGUGAAGAUGAAGGUGUUCCAUCUACAGCCAUACGAGAAAUCGCACUGCUCAAGGAACUGAGACACAAGCACAUUGUUAGGUUGGAAGAUGUACUGAUGGAGGGUAGUGACAAGAUCUACCUUGUGUUUGAGUACCUUUCGAUGGAUCUCAAGAAGUACCUUGAUGGAUUUGACAAGAAUGAGAAGCUUGCCAAGUCACUUGUUAAGAGCUACUUAAAGCAGAUCCUUGAGGCUAUUUUAUUCUGCCACCAGCGGCGUGUGCUGCACCGUGACCUGAAGCCCCAGAAUCUGCUCAUUGACCAGAAGGGCACGAUCAAGGUGGCCGACUUUGGUCUGGCCCGUGCUUUUGGCAUCCCUGUCCGUGUCUAUACCCAUGAAGUGGUUACUCUCUGGUACAGAGCCCCCGAGGUACUCUUGGGUGCUCAACGAUACUCCACUCCAGUUGACAUUUGGAGUAUUGGUUGCAUCUUUGUUGAAAUGAUCAACCGCAGACCUCUGUUCCACGGGGACUCUGAGAUUGACCAGCUUUUCCGUAUUUUCAGGACUCUGGGCACCCCUACCGAGCAGACUUGGCCAGAUGUUGCCACACUUCCCGACUACAAGCCAAGUUUCCCCAGCUGGAAAGAAAACAUCCUGCCCACCCUGCUGCCUGACAUGGACAACAAGGCCAUAGACCUGCUCAACAAAAUGCUGGUCUACAAUCCUGCCAAGAGGAUUUCAGCACGGGAAGCCCUCAAGCACCAGUAUUUUGAUUAAACCCCUGACAGACUGCUCAGCCUUUCCACAUUUUAGGUUCCGUUGAAAAUACUUGAACUUUGGGAGCCCUGGCUUCUUUGUCCACGUUGAGGUAAUGUAUGGGAAGAGGGACCAAGGAGUCAGCUAUGUUGUCUCAAGGCAUUACAGCAGCACGUUUUUAUUCUAUUUUAGAUAUUUUUUAUAACUUUGUGUGUGUGCGCAUGUGUAUGUGUAAAUUUUAUGCGAGAUUGCGUGUAUUUUGACUUUUCUAUGUACAGCCUCCGUUAGACACAUUAAAAAUCCACACUGUACAGUUGUGUGCCUCAUUAGCAGCACGCUACUAUCCUUUUGCAUGUGUGCUGUUGUAAUUAAGACUACUUCCAUAGGCCUAGCUAACUAGAGUUGAAAAUGAACAGGCUGAUCAAGUGGUGUCUUCACAGAAGUAUGUUAUAAUUUCAGCUCCUAGAAAUCACCAGAGGUUGAAGUGGCUUGCUAGCCGUUUAGCUUCCUCAUUGCAGCCUGCUGCACCCCCUAUCCUCUUCCAGUCUUCUGUUCUUUUGGCUGUAAUUAUGUGCGAUGUGUAAAUUGAGCACAAGUCUAAUGCUCCGAACCAUUCUUACUUUUCCUAUUAAGUUUCAUCAGAAACAAAUUAACAAUCGUCGACUACUUCAUUCUCAUUUGUCACCUGUUGUCAGGGUUUUUGUGGGGAAUUUUCCCUGCUUUCUUAUUUGUCUUGCCUGUCAUGUGGCUGUAUUUGCUUGCUGCAUGAGUGAUAUAUAUAUGUUUUUUAAUUACUAUCUUUCUUGAAGUUUGUCACCCAUGGCAAGUGUACUGGCUUGUUUUAAGUUAAUUUUGCUGCUUUUGUGCACAUUAGCCAAGUGGUGUGCAGUGUACUUGAGCUUAGUGUUUAACAGCAGCCUUAUGGCUGGUAAAGUUGUAUAGGCAGGUGACCACACUACACAAUUGACAAACUCUGGAGUGCUGCAAUUCUUGUUUGUUUAUUGACAUUUUCAACCAUACUUCAAGGGCAUGCUUUGUCCUGAUAUGAGGAGAUACACACCUGGAAAUUUAUAUUUUUCCAUGACCAAAAGGUUGAAUGGCCUUCAUGUUGCAAUAAGGGCUAGCAAAGUUUUAUUAUAUACAUAUCCCUGCCAAAAGACGACUCUAUAGUAAACCCCCAUUAUUACGAAAUCAUCAGGACAGCAAAUAAGCUCUGUUGUAUACGCUGUACUUAAUAAUGUGUGGUGUCUCUCCUAAAAAGGUGUGGCAAUAUAGUAAGAGCCCUCCAACACUGGCAUUAAAGUUUGUGUAUCCUUGUUUCUGUCAAAGUGUCAAUGGCAUUCCUGUUGAUAAGGAAAAGAUGGGUGUAAUUAUAUAUAAGAAAUUCAAACUGGGGUAAGCUAAAAGGUGGCAGUAUAAGCCACAGUCCUUCCCAUCUCAGCUUUUUUCUUCUGGUGUUGUAUGCCUUUGAAUGUAUACAAUCACGGCUGAUCUUCAACUUUCAUUAAGUCAAUAAGAGCUGUUUCAAAUACAAGGUUCCCUGAUCAUUUACGAUUCGAUGAAGCCUCCAUAUUACACUUU